AUGAGCGAACACGGUAGCGUCCGGGCGAAUCAGCUCAUGGCUGCCAACGAGACUGGUGGUGUCCUUUGCGGGUCGUGCUGCAAGGUCGAGAUCAGCGAUGAGCAGAAAGCGCUUCUGGAUGCCAAGUACAACAAGGCGGAGGCAAGUUUGAAGAAGGUGAUUUCAUACACCAACCAGAAUCAGAUCUUUACCGGGAAGCUGCUGCUGGCGAUGAGCACGGCAACGCUGAUGGUCAUCUUCGGCCUCCCGCUGUUCUCUUCGAAUUUGAAGCACAUGGUUUUCGGACAUCACAUAUGCGAGCUCUCUGCCACGGGCUUCUACUUGAACAAAGGUACAGAGGACGAUCCAGACCUCACGAAAGUCGAGUCUAUCGCGGACCUCACGCUCGAAGACUACACCACCAAAGGGAGGCUCAUCGACUGCGGGUUCAUUCCGCGUUCCUACCAGGGCUUCUGGCCCAACGUGGUGCAGUUCUGCUUCUUCAGUGUCUUCGCAAACACCGGGACAACCGUGCAGCUGACGCUCCAGGGUCUCAGUGGGACAUUCAUCGCAACGAUCAACGUGUUCCUCCUCUACGAGCUGUAUCCUCUCGGAGCGAAGGAUCCGAACUUCAAUCCCGCCGUGGCAUGGGCGGAUGCCAUCGGCUUCGCAUUGCUGUGGCUGAUCAGUACUGCGCCCAAGAACAUGGUGAUGUUCUGCCUCUCCUACCACUGGCUGUUCAUGUGCACUUUCAUGGAUCCAAACGCGGGAAACGUCACUGGACAGAUUCCAAUCGGCUUCAUGGAUCUCUACUGGGACUCCCAGACGACCAUCAUCAACCUCACCUCUGUCCUUGGAGGGAUACUGGCCAUCUUGGCCACUCUCAUUCCAAGGCCUCUCUUGAACACCACGAAGCUGACGGAGAACUGCACGAUCGCUGCGGAGGGCCUCGAGGAAGCCUGGACGGAAGCACUUGACUACUUCUUCGGCACUGCUAUGACAUCCAAGAAGUUCCAGGUGGCUUCUCGCAUGGACGCCAUAAAAGGCGCCUUCGAUCGAGUGGAGGAGAGCUUGAACGGCGCUUGGUUCGAGCACUUCGACGCUGGCCAAAAGGGUGUGGCUCGCGAGCUGUUCCGGCUUUUCAACGGCGUUGGGCGCAAGGUCCAGAAUGUCGUCAAGAUCUCCAAGGCCGCCAUGCUGCGUGAAGAGUUUGGCGGUAACCAUGACAAGUUCGCAGCAGGCAUGAAGGCAGAGACCAAGGAGCUGAACGAGAGUGUUGCAACGCUGUUCCAGCUUGUUUGCACCUGCUGUAAAGACGGCCACAUUGACAGUGAAGAGAAGAGGAAAAUCUCCGAACUUACGUCAGAUGUCAAGGACAAGCAGGCCAAACUGGCAAAAGCGUAUGGGGAGACGAUGAAGGACCAGAAGUUCGUUUCAGACGAUCUGGCGAAUGAGAAUGCCUUCCUCUACGGCUUCUGCGCCUACGCUCGAGCUGUCACCGACUUUGCCGAAGAGCUUCCCCGCACCGCCGAAGAGAAGAGUGCCAACCAGUGCUGCGCCUUCUUGAAGUCCUUGGGAAGCACUUUCACCGACCUCUUUUCUCUGGACUUACUCAUGGACAAGGAGCAUUUGAAGUUUGCCAUCGUCAACUUCCUCCCGGUCUUCGUUACGUUCUUGAUCGCCAUGUUCGCCGAGAAAAAAGGACUCUUUGUGCCGUACUCUGCCCUGAUGCCUGGUACGCUGGCGCUGAUCAUCACCUCCACCUACGGCUCGACGUUCAAAGGAAACAUUGAGCGAUUGAUCGGAAUUGUCCUGGGCAACAUCAUUCCAGUCUUGGUUCUGGCGAUCGUUUUCUCUUUCCCGUGUGCGUCAUGGAUGAGGACAGCUACGCAGGUGAUCCUGGUGUGGCUGUACUUCUUUGGGUUCUCCUAUGUGUACUAUGCAUCCGUGACCUGGAGCUUCGUGGGCUGCGCCCUCUGCGGUUUCGGCGCGUACCCGUUGAUGCAGGCCUGCACCGGCGGGGAGUUCUCUUAUGACAUGCACGGCCACUACCAGACCAUCGCGCAAGUCACGGUUGCUGUUCUCAUCCGCAUGCUGAUAGAGACCGUGCUCCUGGACAAAGCACCGAGAGACCUGGCAGUCAAGCAGCUCGAGGACCUGUUGGACACCAUCCAAAAUUCAUACAUGCUCUUCUUUGCGGGCAAGUAUGACCAGAUGUCAGAGAACCAUGCGAAGGCUCGUGACAUGCUCAACAAUGCCAGAGCUCUGCACGCGGAAAGCUCCCCAGCUCUGGAGGUUGUUCCAGGACCGCGUUUGCCUUUCAAGCACACCCUCUAUGGACAAGUCCUGGACAACUUGGACACGGGCAUCUCGCAGUUGGGAGUAUUGGUCAUCACUGCCAAGGAGUGGAAGACCGAGAAGGUGGAGACGGAGAAGUCCUCGGCGCGCCAAGCGGCCGAGAGCCACCAGCAGACCCAACUCACCGAUCUCGAGGGACUUGACGUGAUGGAUCCUUCCGCUACUGGCACAGGUGGCAGGUCGGCCGUGAAGAAGAUCGUCCAUGAGACUAACAAUGCGCCCUACAUUCACCAAAUCAUGGAGAAACAGCUAAGCUUCCGGAGCCUUGAAGAUGAUAUGUUGGACACAUUCGCGAAAGUUUUCGAAGUCGUGAAAGCCAUUCUGAAGCACGACCAGGAGCAGAAGGUGGAGAGCUCCGGAGCAGACAUCGAAGGCCUCGCCAACCUUGAAGGCAUGCGCACGCUGGACGACGUCAACACGUUCUACAAAGACAUCAAUGAGUACAUGGAUUCUAUGGAGCGCGAGGGAAGAAUGGAUCGCAGUGCUGUCGAGAGCGUUGUCGGAAGCCUGCAGGCCCGCCUCACCGUCCUGGUCAGCGCCUUGACCGCAGCCACUGCUGCCUUGGGCGAGGUCGGUGUCCUGUGCCUGAAAGACGCCAUUUACUGA